UCUUUUUUUUUUUUUUUUAAAGUAGUCUCGAAUUCAGCCAGCAUUUCUUCGGCAUUUAGUAAGUUUUGUUUAUUGAUAUGUUCAAUUGGAUGUUAAUUAAGUGUCGAUAUAAAUUUAAGGGAAGAAAAUAAUUUUAAGAACGGUCAAAUGUAUACGGGAAGUUUAAGUAAUCGAGGGUCCAAAAAUUAAGAAUAAUUUUUAUUAAGACAUUUCUGUAAGAAAAUUAAAAGAAUGCUAUGGCUGCCUCGGUGCCACGGAACACCGAGGAAGACACAAACAUAGAAUCAGAGUCGGAAGGAAGUAGCAUUUAUCAGUGUAGUUCUGUAAUAUCCACCGUUCCAGAUAGACAUGGAUUUCUCGGUGGCUCGCAGUAUAGUCCCGAAAGAAAGCAAGCGAUACCGCCAGAAGUCAUUCUUAGAAGAGAGAGGAAAUGGAUAAGGAUGCUUAGCAAAUGGAGCAUAUUUAUGAGUACAAAUUACCGUAAAGUGAGGGAACGAUGUAGGAAAGGUAUUCCACCUUCCGUUCGUCCUAGAGCUUGGUUAAAUCUAUGCGGCGGCGCUCUUCUAUUAAAAGAAAAUCCAAAUCUAUAUCAAGAAUUAAUCAAACGCCCGGGAGAUCCAAAAUAUAUCGAUGAUAUAAAGAAAGACCUGCAUCGUCAGUUUCCACAUCAUGAAAUGUUUGUUGAAAAUGCCCCUGGUCAGCAAGAGCUUUUCCAAAUUCUCAAAGCUUAUUCGAUCUUAAAUACCAAAGUUGGAUAUUGUCAAGCUCAAGCACCCAUAGCUGCCUUUUUACUUAUGCACAUGCCAGCCGUUCAAGCAUUUUGGUGUCUAGUCGCUAUCUGCGACAAGUAUCUCGUUGGUUAUUAUAGCCAUGGAAUGGAAACUUUACAACGAGACGGGGACAUACUGUUUGCCUUACUCAAAAAAGUGUCGCCAGUAGCUUAUAAGCAUUUGAAAAAGCAAAAAAUGGAACCAAUUCUUUACAUGGUGGAGUGGUUCUUAUGCGUCUAUACUCGAACUCUACCCUGGGAAAGUAUUCUUCGUAUUUGGGACAUGUUUCUUUGCGAAGGAGUUAAAAUUAUUUUCAAAGUUGGUCUUGUCUUAUUAAAAGGCUGUUUAGGAAGAUCCGGCCAAACAAGAAAAUGUCCAACAUUGUAUGAAACAUUGCAGAUUUUAAAAAAUCCACCACAGUCAAUAAUGGAAGAAGAAUAUCUUGUUUAUCAUAUUCAAAAAUUGAAUAUAAACGAGGAGGAUUUUGAAUAUGAACAUCAGCGACAAAUAAUUAAGCGCAGAUCGAAAGACCAAUCACAGCAUCAAGCUGACAGUAAUUGGACUAGUUUAUAAAAACAUUUAUUGUCUUAUAUCGCAACAAAAAUGUAUCAGUUGGCGUGCCUUUCACUUAUUCACAUAAGUCAUAUCAUGUUAUAUCAUGAGAUAUAAUAAUGUUAAUAACAUUAAAAAAUUCUAAAAUGGGUCGUGCAAUUUUCCGUAAACUCAAUCAUUCAUUUUUCAUAUUUGAGAAUUCCAUAAUUUUUUACAAAGUAUAAAUAAAGCAUUUCUUUAAGUAAGCAAAAAACUUUUCCUAUACACCUGAAAAAAGGUUGAUCCUAAUGGAUCGAUUAUUAAUGGAACGUUGCCAUUAUUCUAGAAAAUGAUGAGAAUAUGACCUACUAAUAAACAAGUAUCAUCAAGUAUAUUUAUUAUACUGUCUUUUCCGUCGAUAUUUAUGUAUGUACAAAAUAG